AUGAGGUUGCACGAGAUCCUCCAAGGCCCCGACGACCAGGGAAACGUUCCCUGCAACCUCGAUGCCGACAGUACAGGGAACACCGACGAGAACAGCGAGCCGAAGGUGCUUGGACCAAGGCAUUGCUGCCACAUCACAUCUAUCAAGAAGAAUCUGGCACAGCUCAAAGAGUUUGACAAGAAGGGCGCACGGGUGGAUGGCAAAGUCUGUAGCAUGGAGAUGCAUGGUGUUUAUUCUUUAGCUGACAAGGGCUUGCGCGAAGUCGAAGUGCAGUGGGCAAGCGGUGUGACGGAAGUCCUGAGACCCUGUGCAACGAGGGCUUCGAUCAUUUACUUCGUCGCCGGGGUGGCCGACCUCGCCAACAUCGACCCCAUGUAUCAGUACAGCUUGCAGUUCUUCACCAGCCUCUUUCAACAAAGACUGGCUGCCAGCCCCACGGCAGAAGACAUCAACGAGCGCAUCCACAUCAUCAUCCAGGACUUCACUGAGUUCAUCUACACAAAGAUUUGCAUGGGCUUGUUCGAGGACCACAAGCUGCUGUAUUCCUUCAUGAUCUGCAACCGAUGCCUGCGCCACGAGGUCCAUGCGCAGUUCAUGCACAAGCAGCGCAUCACCCCACAGGAGUGGAGCUUCUUUCUGCGCGGCCUCGAGGCCGGCAAAGGCAUUAUCGAUGACACGCUGACGCAAGCAGUCGAACCGCCUGCGUGGAUGACGGCGCAAAGCUACCGGAAGAUGAUGGUAUUGGAGCAGUUGACUCUGAAAGCUGGCAGCGAGGUCUUUCAAGGCCUGGCAAAGGACAUGUUCACACCGGCGUGGGAGAACUUCGGCACGGACGAUCACAUGGCUGGCCGGAACCUGCCAGGCAUGUGGGCAGAGAAGCUGACGCCCUUCCAGCAGUUGCUGGUCAUCAAGUCGCUUCGGGAGAACUUCCUUCAGCUGGUAGUGCGAAACUUUGUCGGAGCAGAGCUGGGAAAGCACUACACAGUCUCCCCCGACUUCGACCUCGUUGGCUGUUUCAAGGACUCCAAGAAGACAAUGCCCCUGAUCUUUGUUUUGUCUGCUGGCGCUGACCCAACAGACUACCUGGUGAAGCUUGCCAAGGAUUUCGAGUACGAGGAGCGGCUUCACUUCAUCUCCCUGGGGCAAGGUCAAGGUCAGAAGGCUGAAGCCCUGAUCAAGCAUGGCCAAGAGACAGGCGAUUGGGUUUGCCUCCAGAAUUGCCAUCUAGCAGCCAGCUGGAUGCCAACGCUGGAACGCAUUCAGGAAAUGCAGGAUCCUGACAGCAUUGACGACAUGUAUCGCCUGUGGUUGACCUCGAUGCCGUCACCAACGUUUCCAGUUCCAGUGCUGCAGGGCGGCAUCAAGAUCACCAACGAGCCGCCCAAGGGCCUCCGGGCCAACCUCACCCGAACUUUCCAGGACAUCACGCCUGAGGUCUACGAUGGCUGCACCAAGCCCCGCGUAACCACGACGGGCCACGAGCGAAUUCGAGCCAUGCGCUGCUUGGAGCUCGAGGAAGCAAGCAACCCCCAGGAACGGCUGUGCAUGCCGGAUGAAGAGGCGCCGUCGGAGGCACGGUGUCCUGCCGAGAAGGACCGAGGUCCUGCUUUGGCUUGGUGGUUCCGCGCGUGCUGCUUCUGCUACAGCGCUGUCGGGAUUGACAUGGCUUGGCGCCUCGGCUACGUCGCCUGCCACUGUGCCACCUAUCCCUGGCAGCUGGAGGCAUGCCUCCUUCUUCUUCAGGGGUGUCUUUCCUUCAUGCAUGACGCCUACUUUGCAGGGCGAUCGCCCGCGGCGAAGUUUGCAGACAGGUGUUGUGCGACCUUCCUCACCAUGUGCCA